UCUACGUCUCUCCCACUCUUGGUCUACCUUUCUUAGUCGAAAGAUUGCGAGACUGAUACAAUGGCACGCUGACUCUAAGGUUCUCACCAUGUAUUCACUCCCCAAAGCUACGCGCCAGCGCGGCCUGCCCUUAAGACGUUCAUGGCCGCUUUCAACAGUUCGGUGCUAUGUGAGACCCAGCAGUAGCUUUCUGCGGAUAUCCGACGAGGUCCAGGAAGCUCUGCAUUCUAAGAAGUCCGUAGUAGCUCUAGAGACCACCAUAUAUACUCAUGGAUUCCCGUAUCCCGACAAUGUAGCUCUAGCUUCACACCUCGAAAGCGUUGUUCGCACCAAUGGCGGUGUACCUGCAACAAUUGGCAUACUAGAUGGCAUUGCAUGCGUCGGAAUGGACCCUGAAGAGCUCAUCCAGCUCACGUCGAGUGCUGGACACGAGAAUACCUUGAAGCUCUCCCGGAGGGAUUUGGGCUUUGCUUGUGGAAUGCGACUAGCGGGCAAGAAGUUCAAUGGCGGUACUACGAUCGCUGGAACGAUGAUACUGGCGCAUUUAGCAGGGAUCAAAAUCUUUGGAACCGGUGGCCUUGGUGGUGUCCAUAGAGGCGCUGAAUCUUCUAUGGACAUCUCCGCUGACUUGACCGAGCUCGGCCGUACUCCAGUCACUGUGAUCAGUAGCGGGUGCAAGAGCUUCCUGGAUAUUCUUCGCACUCUUGAGUAUCUUGAGACUGAAGGUGUCGGCAUUGGUACCUUCGCAGAUGGUAGGCAAGGUAAUGUCGAUUUCCCUGCGUUCUGGUCUAGAGACAGUGGUGUCAAAAGCCCAACGACCAUUCAGAACGAGUUAGAAGCUGCUGCUAUCAUACACGCUCAACACUCUCUUGGCAUCUCUUCUGGGCUUCUAUUUGCGAAUCCUGUCCCGGAGAGUGCGGCUAUUCCUAAACAUGAAAUGGAUAUCAUAAUAAAAGAGGCAAUCAGACAAGCGGAUGCUGCUGGUAUCACCGGCAAAGACAACACGCCCUUCAUCUUGAAUAAAGUUAAGGAACUCACCGGAGGCAAGAGUUUGCCUGCCAACAGGGCAUUGAUUGAAUCAAAUGUUCGGCGUGCAACGAUUGUUGCCAGAGAGCUUGCAAUAUUGGAAAAGACUCAAGCCGAUGCUAUUGGUGGUAACUCGAAGCAUUUUAUGCCGUCUUUCCAAACACCACAACCGCAAAAUCCACCCAUAAAAGCUGUGAUGCACCAACCUCCAGAGUCAGUAACAACGAAGCCUUCGCAAAUACAGGGCGGUAUCAUAGUGGCAGGAUCUUUAGCCAUGGAUAUAUCUUGUGACUACUCUCCUCUCCCUGGAGCGUCGAGCGAGUCGGCAAUGGCUCCUCAAUCCCAUACUUCUAAUCCUGCAGUUGUGACACAAUCAAUAGGAGGCGUGGGCUACAAUGUAGCCAGAGCAGCAGAACUUAUGGGUAGCCCCGUCACUCUGUGCAGCGUCCUCGGCAACGACUUCACAGGUCGAGCCAUUGCAGCAAAAUUAGACUCCGACAAAUCUCCAAACUUUGUGCUCUCCUCGAUAAAAUCUCAAGACCACAACACAGCUCAGUACGUUGCCGUCAACGACAUCAACAAAGACCUGGUCGUCGCCAUGGCCGACAUGAGUAUCAUGGAAACGUUCGCACCAGACGACAUACAACAACUACAACAAUCCAUCAUGAAAACACAACCCAACUGCCUCGUCGUUGACGGCAACUGGUCUAUUCCUACCCUCCACUCCUGGCUCCGCGCAGGCAAAUCCGCCGGCGUAUUCAUAGCCUUCGAGCCCGUUUCAACCGCCAAAGCGACCCGCCUCUUCCCCCCUCCUUCGUCAAAAUCACCCACCUCUCCGAUUUUCCCAAACCACCUCGUCGACCUCGCUUCGCCAAACUCACACGAGCUUGCCGCCCUCCACGCCACUGCUGCGCGUCUCGACCUCCUCUCCCACCCAGACUGGUGGCGUGUCAUCGACGCUCUCGGCAUUCCCUCCUCGGGUCUCCGUGUUCCUCUCGCUCUGACCACCACUUCUGCCCUUGUCGACGAGGGCAUCCCUCAGCAGAGUAUCCAGCUCCUCCCGUUCAUCCCAACAAUACUAACCAAGCUGGGCCCGCGCGGCGUGCUGCUCACUAAGCUGCUGAAAGCAGGCGAUCCGCGCCUCAGCAGCCCGUCUGCAGCGCCGUACGUGCUCGCACGUUGCUCGAAUGGCGAUACGGAGGUCGGCGGGGUCUACGUACGGCUGUUCGAGCCCGACGAGGUCGUCGGGCCGAAGGAGGUGGUCAGUGUAAACGGAGUUGGAGAUACAUUCCUUGGAGCGUUAUUGUCAGGGAUGGUCAAGGGAAGGAGAGUGGAAGACGUGGUGCCGAUUGCGCAGAGGGCGGCGGGGCUGAGUUUGAAGAGUAAGGAGUCAGUAAGCCCAGAGCUGGUGGGUUUGGGGGAGGAGAUUGAGGCGUGGGGGGUGGAAAGUGGGGAGGACGAUGGGGGAUGGAUGGACUGA